AUGGAGACAGUAUGCGGUCCAUGCUGGACAUGUCGCAACCGCCGCAUUCAAUGCGACCAGUCCGGAACGCCAUGCGACAAAUGCGAAAAGGCCGGGAUGGAAUGCUUCGACAAAAGACCUCUGAGAUGGGUCAAGGGCGUGGCCAUUCGUGGAAAGAUGCAAGGUCAUUCAUAUGAGGGUAUUGCAGAUGGCACUGCUGUGCACAAAUCUAAAAAUACCAAAUCCGCUCUACCAAAACCGAAGAAGUGGUCUCGCGCGCUGGUCCAAGCUUCUGCGGGCAGUAGAACCCUUCCGGUUACCUUGCAAGACCCGUCCAUGUCAAACCUGGAUCAAACUUCGAAAUAUUAUAUAGACUACUAUAACGAACGCAUAUGCAAAUUGUUCAUUGUAUACGACAGCCCCAGAAAUCCAUUUCGGAGUUUGAUAUCCCUUGGAUUGAAUGAUCCGGUCUUACAGAAGGGCAUACUUGCUCUAGCGGCGCGACACCAUGCCAAUACAGGCCAGCCGUUUCAUCAAAUUCAAGCUCCGACAUCCGCUGGUCUCAUUAAUGCUAAUCGCGAUGCUCUACUGUUCAAGCAUCAAGCCAUGGAAGCUCUCUCAAGGGUACUUGGGGACGGAAGAAUAGAAAAAAGCGACACAACAGUCGCCAGCAUAUUUCUUCUUAUCUUCCUGGAUCUCCUCGAAUCUGGAAGCGAAGGUUGGAAUUUCCAUCUUGAGGGGGCCAAGAGUUUGAUUACAUCACACCGGCCGCUGCUGGAGGCGCAAGCUGGAGUUAACAACGGGCCUGGCCAGACGAUCCAGCAGAUCUGGGGUUUUAUCUCCAGCCAGAUUCAUUUGAUUGAAACACUGGGAGCAACCUUUUUACGACCGAAGGUACUGUCGGAAUUCAUAUUUGACGGCCAAGCAGAGUUGAAAGCCCAUGAAGAAAUUGAAAAAUCUUUCCUUGGAUGUCCAGAGUUCCUGUUAUCGGCGAUACAGUUUCUCUCCAACGAAAGGGACGCCAUCGCAGAACAGCUGCCGGACGGUGCCGCUCUCCAAACACACAUACAAGAUACUACCGCGAUGAUGGAACUCAUCCAAAACUUUGACUGUUACACAUGGGCUUCGAGCCUCCAAGAUUCGAGACAGUCUUCCCUGGACGAAAUCAACAAUCUCUGCACAUUAUCCCAGGCAUUUAAAAUCGGGGCUUUGCUAUAUGGGAGACGGAUUCUUGAUGCACUCACAGAAACCACCACCAUGCAAGAUGAUCUGGUCUCUGAACUGCUGGGUCUGAUUCAUAUCUUGAAAGACGACGAGUCGCUUUUCAAAUGUGUUCUUUGGGCUAUCUUCGUGGCGGGGUUGGAGUGUCGGUCUCAGACUCAGAAAGAGUUUUUGUUUGAAUCUUUAGAGAAAUUUUGGACUGCUACGAGCUGUUUGAAUGUUAUCAAUGCAGCGAAGAUCCUGAAAGAUUAUUGGGACCAGAAAGAAGGCUUGGAGACUCCAUCGCGGUGGAUAUUUGAUAUUGGUCGUUUGAGUGGUGACUGUCUUCUGAUUUAA